AUGCGCGCGCCGUCCUGGGGCUGGGUCAUCUACCGCUGUUCCUACAAGGACGAGAAGCUAUGGACCAACUUCCUCUCCGAAUGGGAUAAAGCCAUCCACGAAUCCAUUUUCCAUUUCGAUGAAGAAAAAUAUCUCCCAUCAAUGGAUCUGAAAAUAGUUGAAGAUCCUUCUCUCGAGGGCGCUAGCAAAGAGUCCAUCUGCGAACGUCACUACGCCUGGGCAAAAUCCGUCGGAUGCGCCGUCGACUGGACCAAAGAACAUAGCGAGGAAAAUAAUUACUUCCCUUCGCCUCGCCAUCAGUUCGCUGUCCAAGUCGACGAAGGCGCGUUACAGAGCGCGUGGGACCACCGUGGAAAGCCUCCGGGGGAAAGUGUAGGGAAAUCCUACGCCAAUCUGCUGUUUGCAACGAAGUAUAUGGGCAAAGAAGCUGCUGGGGAGAGAUCUGGGGAUCGUCCCUGGGUGAACAACCGGUGGUGGAUGAGGUUGGAGCUGUAUGGGUUGCCUGUAUAUGCGUACCACGAACUGACCAGGUCUACCAGGUGGUAUUGGGUGUAUCAGGAGCCACCGCAGAUAGCAGGGCCCCAUGGUGAUGAUUAG